AUGAACAAGACCAAAGUUCUUCAGGUGUGGAUGGGGAUCUUGUUAUGUUCUGUAAACGGAUUACUGGGUUUGGCUCUGGACUGCUCCGAUCGCGAUCCUACAGGAGCACGAUGCUCAAUUUCUGUAGAGAAACUUCUUGAUCGAGCCAUCCAGCAUGCUGAGCUCAUCUACCGCAUCUCAGAUGAGGCCAGGACGUUGUUUGAAGAGAUGUUCAUCCCUUUCUCAAUAUCCACUCAUCAAGGCCACGGAGGCAACUCUUGCACAUCCAAUCUUGUGCAUGUCCCUACAUCCACAAUCGAAAUUCAACAAAUUUCGGACAAAUGGCUCCUCCACUCGAUCUUGAUUCUGGUUCAGUUCUGGAUCAAUCCCCUGGCUGACCUGCAGGAUUCUCUCGACAUGUACGACAACGCCCCCAGCUCCCUCCUCAGCAAGACCAGGUGGAUGUCAACCAAGCUGAUGAACCUUAAACAGGGAGUGCUUGUCCUUAUGACUAAGAUGCUGGAUGAAGGAAGUCUGGAGCUGGAAAAUAAUGAGAGUGUGACACGCCACAUUGUUGCUCCUGCUAAGGCGGAGCACAUGCUGAGGGACUACAUGGUGUUGUCCUGCUUUAAAAAGGAUGCUCAUAAGAUGGAGACAUUUCUAAAACUGCUUAGAUGCCGCCAAACAGAUAAGCUGAGCUGCUCCCUUUUCUAGCCAUGUGAAAAGAUCUAUGGUGGGCUUUCCAGGAAAUGGAAUUUCACAUACCUAGAUAAAUAUUUUAAAUUCUGGAAAAAUCCUAUACAUGCACAAUAAAGACAAUACAUCUUUUUUGCAAAUUUAUUUUAGAAUGAAUGCCUGUCUAUUUGUAUUUUUU